CCUGCGUCCGGUGCGACGUCCAGCGCCAGUGCCACCGCGGGCCAGACGUCGAGACAAUCAUCCGCCAGCAACUCCGUCACUUAUUCACCCAUGGGCUCCCGAGACCCCUCUCCGACCCGUCAUCCCCGGAGAGCAACUUCGUCGUCGGGCAGGAUCAACCGCUCCAGCUCACGGAACAGCAGCCAGCUGGAUCAGAGCCCGUCUCGCCAGCUCAAGUCGUCUCUUGGCGGUCCUGCCUCCGGCACUCGAAGCCUCUCCGCGACCACCACGCCGGUCCUCGUGCCCGUCACCGCCAACCAAGACUCCCAGCCCGCCCAGGCACCAGAGCCGCAGAAGCCUGCACAGCUGUCCGAGUUGAGAGACAACACGAAAUGGCCCGUGUCGCCGCGUGUACGCUCUCCUCCGCUGCAGCUGCUUAGAAACGGCAGCACUACGCCUCGCCCGAGCGAGCAGGACCCUCCUCCUCCUCUCAUCAACGUCCAGCACCCCAGUCCGUCUGCCCAGCCGGCAGACUCAUACCAGUACCUAACCGCCAGCGAGAGCGAAGCCGAGGAUUUGCAGAUGGCUUCCGGCCUCCGAACACCGGCCCGCGGGCCUUUGGAAACUGUUCAAGAGGUUAGCCAGCCCAACUCGCCAGCCCGCCGUCGCCAGCAGCAGGAUUCGUCCCUUCUGGAGCACGUAAGGGAAAAAUUCUCAUACGACAAUCAGUCAGAUAUUGAUGGCGGCCGAACGCUGCGAGCCAGGCCCAUGAUUGCCAGCCACGAGAAUGGCGGUGAUAGCACCGGUGCCAGGAGGACAACCUCGGUUCCUCCGCCUCUCCUUUCGAGACAAUCGAGUACGAUAAUGCUAUCCAAGCAAGCAAAAGCCCGGCCUGAGGGGUCUACGCAGACCAUGACGGUGGAAACUGAGACCGUUUCCAGCAUUCCCCAGGUGGCACUUACAGUAGGCCCAAAGGCAGACGGCAUGAAUGGUACUCUAAGAACGAAGCAAAGCACAGAGACUAUUAAGCCUAAAAAAGAAAAGAAGAGAUCUCGCAAACAACCCGUCACAAGCGGAAAUGGAUCAUCCAAAGCGGAUAUUUUCGAAGCCAAGAUCGCAAACGCUGUUGAUGAAGCUAAUACCUCUGAUUCAGAAGAGACGUUUGUGUAUGAUUCCAAUCCUCCGGAUGUGGGAGAUAGGGCUACCCGUCGCUUCCACUCUCGCACUCCCAGUGCAACAUCUAUAGUCAGCCAGGGAGAUCGCCCCAAUUUGCGCUCCAUAUAUGGUAUCAUGGACAACCAUGUUCCUGCGCCUAAGAAGAGCAUGAAAUUCUCCAAUACUUAUGGCAAUGGUGCCAUCGAUGGCGGUGUGUUAACUGGCGACGAAGAUGGCAGAGGAACGGGCCGCAGCGCCGGUGGCUCCGGUCGUGGCACUGUUCGGCAGCAUCACCACAUAGGACGCUGGGGUCGACAACCCGGCAACGGCCAUGCCUCACUCUUUGACAACGAAUCGCCUUUUCAGAAUACGCCAAGGCCCAAGAUAGCCAACUCUCGUCAUUCUUCUGGGCCGCCCAGCCCAAGGAACCACCCCUCCAUGCGAGGACCGCUGAGCUCCAAACGCUCGGCGAUACACAUGUCUUCGAGCUAUGAUUUGGACGACACCACUGGUGCAGAUGACGAACGCACGCCUCUGCUCGACAACGGCCGCAGAGGGGGACGAUUUAGGCGUGGUCCGCAUAACCUUCGGCAGGCGGAGGCGCAGACCUACACCAGGAGGUCGUCAUAUCUCAACCGAUUUGCCGCUUGCUUGGUCCUAACGAUGAUGUUCCUCCUGGUCAUUACCGGUGCCAUUGGCUUCAUGUUUGCGACGUCCCAGCCCCUGAGCGACAUUGAAAUUGUUUCCAUCCACAAUGUCGUCACCAGCGAACAGGUUCUCAUGUUUGAUGUCACUGUCAAGGCGCACAAUCCCAAUGUUGUGGUUGUCACAAUUGAUCAUGCAAACCUUGAGAUCUUCGCCAAAUCCGAGUAUGGAGGCGCCGACUCAGAUUGGUGGGACAGCCCGGAUGGACCACGAGACAACUUGGUACGUCCAUACGACGACCCCCCGAACGACCCCACUACUCCUGGAGGAGAGGACGAGACGAAGCCAAACAUCUUGCUUGGCCGCAUCACCGAAUUCGACAGCCCCUUGACUUUCGAGGGCUCGUUGUUUCACCAAGGCCUGUCUUCAUCAACUGGUGAGAUGCAGUUACCGUAUCCUGGCAAUGCUACUGCCGGCGGCUCUAAGCGUUGGGAGCGAAUUUAUCAAAACGAAUUUGAUCUUAUUGUAAAGGGAGUUGUCAAAUACAGCCUUCCCCUGAGCGCACAUAUCCGAAGCGCCACGGUUUCCGGACGAACGACGGUCAAACCAAACUCGGCGAAUAAUCCUCCUUUGAAACCCAAUGUUACGGCAGUAAAU